AUGCAUUUCGGUGGGCUCUCGCUACUUGCUCUUGGAGCAGCAACUGCCAACGCCUUCCGGGACACCUCCCCCUUUUUCCUAGCUUCGACUUCCGAGAUCCUCGCCUCCUCGGCCCGACUGAAAACCGCGACGUCGCUGCUACAGGACAUUUCUUCUGAGCUGAGCUCCUGCCCUUCGGACUACUAUGUCAUCGCCUCUCAGCCCGGUGUGCAUAGCACCGAUUUCUCUACCCGCAAGUCCGCACCCCGCCUCGGCGCGAAGAUGACGGGGAAGGAUAAGGACAUCCGGUCGACAAUGACAAUCCAUGAGGUUGCUGGCGUGCUGGACGCGAAACAGAUCCAAAAUGUCCUUGAGCGGGAGUGCGGCGCCCAAUCCACAGUCGUCGAUGGGGCUUCUGGCUCUUAUCCUUCGGAUCUGGGAACUGCCCCCCGCGUUCUGUUCAUUGACUUUCCCGUCCUUCCCUCGGGAUCUGAUCGAGCCCAGCAACUUGUAGACAACGAUGGACUUUUAUCCGACAUCAUUGAGCGGCUCCCCGAAUCAAAGAAAUAUUCAGUCCUAUAUGUGACUUCGCCAAGGGAGUUCGACGAGUCCGAUCCCAGUCUCUAUCACUCAGAAAGCAACCCUUACCAGGAUCCCAUCCAUAUGGACCUAAAGCGUGACCAUUCGGUGAGAGCUCGUCAGGAUGGAGCCGCCUCCAACAAAUCCUUGUUUCAAGAAUACCAAUACUUCACGCCCGGCAUCUUCAUGGGGCUGAUGGCUUCCUUCGUCUGUCUGACCAUCUUGUAUGUCGGUCUUAGUGCUCUCAUGAGCUUGCAGGUCCCUUAUGCCGCCUUUGAGAAGGAUAGCUCCUCAGCUGUCCAGAAGAAGCAGCAGUGA